GACUCGUUGCUAAAUGUAAACCACGGGGGAAGGAAAAAUGGUGGCGAGCACCCGUGUACAGAAGCUUCUCCGACGGUACAAACUCGCUAUCGCCGCUGCUUUGACCAUCCUUCUCAUCCAAGGGUUGGUGGUAUGGAGCCUCCGGAGUCUGGAGGAGCGAGAGGCGGAGCAGAUUCACAGGCGGUCUAAGCUGCCUGACCACAACAACCAGGACCUAAAGAGGGACCUUGAAUCCUCUGAGAGGCAGAAUGCCCUUUCCGGGGGCUAUCGUAGCUGGAGGAAGGAGGGCCUGGAGCAGGCUGCCGUCACUCAAGCCCUCAGGAAGGGGGCCAAGCGCCGAUCAAAGCCCUCCAUGAUAGACAAGAGCCUAAACAUGCAGGGUCCCGGUGUGGCGGCCGAUGGCAUCGCCCCUUACGACCCAUCUAGCAGCCGUAACUUCACAGAUAUGCGGGCAGGGGAGGGGGGCAAGAUUCCACUGCCUGUUCCAGGAGAACCAGGCAGUGUGGAAGGCGCCCCUCAGAUCCCGAACAGUGACUUUGUACCCAAAUGCGAGAUCUCAGGGAAGGACGCCCUGUCUGCUCUGCACCGCGCGAGCUCCCGCCAGUGCCGUCAGGAGCUCGCUAACAUUGUGUGCCAGCACCAGUCUGGAGAGCUGAUGCCGCAGUCUCUGCCUCAGUUCUGCCCACAGCACGUUCUCUCCAGUGCUGCUCAGCAGGCUGAUAUUAUAGACAAUGAUCUGUCUAAGGUGGAGAACCCAGUCAGGGUGGCCUUCGUUCUGAUGGUCCACGGCCGAGCCGUCCGGCAGCUGAAACGGCUCCUCAAGGCCAUCUACCACAAAGACCAUUUCUACUACAUCCAUGUAGACAGGCGCUCCAACUACCUGCAUCGUGAAGUUCUGCAGAUGGCUGAGCUGUACCCCAACGUGAGGGCCACACCCUGGCGCAUGGUCACUAUCUGGGGUGGGGCAAGCCUACUGAAGGCCUAUCUGCGCAGCAUGCAGGAUCUGCUGUCCAUGCUCGAGUGGAAGUGGGACUUCUUUAUCAACCUCAGUGCCACAGACUUCCCCACCAGGACCAACGAUGAGCUGGUGGUUUUUCUCUCACAGAACCGUGACAAAAACUUCCUGAAGUCUCAUGGCAGAGAGAACGCCAGGUUCAUAAAGAAGCAGGGGCUUGACAGGCUCUUCCACGAGUGCGACAACCACAUGUGGCGCCUGGGCGAGCGCACCAUCCCCGAGGGCCUGGAGGUGUCAGGUGGCUCAGACUGGUUCUCACUCACACGCCGCUUUGUGGAGUAUGUGGUCACCUCCCAGGAUGAGCUGGUGAACGGACUGAAGCAGUUCUACACCUACGCCCUGCUCCCUGCUGAGUCUUUUUUUCACACGGUUUUGGGCAAUAGCCACCUGUGUGACACACUAGUGGACAACAACCUGCGCGUGACUAACUGGAACCGCAAGCUGGGCUGCAAAUGCCAGUACAAGCACAUAGUGGACUGGUGUGGCUGCUCCCCCAACGACUUCAAACCUGCUGACCUUAUCCGAAUUCAGCAGCUGACCAGGCCUACGUUCUUUGCCCGCAAAUUUGAGUCCACCGUGAAUCAGGAGGCCAUAGACAUCCUGGACACCCACCUGUACGGUCACUACCCUCCGGGCACAGUAGCACUCAAGGCCUACUGGGAGAGUCUUUUUGAGCGGGAGGACGGUGUGGGCACACUCAGUGAUGUGGCCCUAACGGCCUACUCCUCCUUCUUCAGACUGGGCCUGCGCAGUCAGGAGACCGCACACGCCAGCAGUGAAGCAUGCAGGUUUGAGGCCAUUGGCUACCCUGUCUCGGUGCUUCUCUAUUUCUAUGACGACCGUUUCCAGGGCUACCUGGUACGACAGGAGGUGCAGAGUGUAGUGUCUGGAGGCAGGGAGAUGCUGGAGGUGUGGGCUGUUCCCCAGGCAACUCUACAACUCGAGAGCAACCUGCAUGAGUUUGAGAGGCUUAAGAACCUGGAGGUUGGAACAGAGUGGGACCCCAAAGAGAGAAUCUUCCGGAGCUUUGGGGGUGUGAUGGGCCCUCUGGAUGAGCCUGUGGCGGUGCAGAAGUGGGCUCGUGGCCCCAACCUCACAGCCACCAUAGUGUGGAUCGACCCGGCACAGGUGGUAGCGGCCUCUUAUGACAUCAGCGUCGAUGUGGAGGCGGAAUUCACGCAGUACAAGCCUCCACUGCAGCGACCUCUCCGGCCUGGAAUUUGGACGGUCCGUGUGUUGAGGCUAUGGGAGCGAGUCGCAGAAGCACGCUUCCUGGUCAUGCCUCUGGCCUUUAAAGGAAGAGAACCACUUCGCAAAGAGGAACAUAGUUGGCUGCAUGCAGGUCCUCCCGGCAACGUGUACAUGGAACAGGGUUUCCAACAACUGGCCCACGUGCUGAAGCUGCCCCCCAUGGAGCCUGCCCUGGAGGAGGCUCAGAAGAAGGCCUCUUUGGUGGGCAAGGCUCUGGAGUCCUGGCUGGACGGUUUGGUGGGGGGCUUCUGGGUGACAGGAGACAUCUGCUCCAGCCAUACCUCCCUCUGCCCCACUGUAGCACUGUGUGCCAAGACCACCUGGAGCUCGCAAUCACCAGACCCUAAAUCAGAACUGGGGCCGGUCAAAAGGAACGGCCGCAUCAGGUAGCCCCGAAAUUUGGGGCAAACAGGGGGCAAGAACACUGAAGUGAACUACAGAAGAGGGAGCAGGGGGUGGGGGGUUGGGGUCCAGGGAACCCCUGUGAGUGAUGUUUACGGGGUAUGGUCCAUCCCGCUGCUGGAGGUCGAGGUGUACUCGAGGCACCUUCUGUUUUGAGUGUUUAGGAGUUGUCAGGGAGAAUCUAAGAGAGCAGUUAUUGACUUUUGCACAUGAGGACCACCGGACAUUUUAUGACCAUAGUGUAUCUUUCGGGUGUCGCAAACGUUACAAAAUGUUGAGGUAUCCACAUACAGUCUUGGUUUUGUUGAGUUUGACGAUACAAACCACUCCACCUCAGCACUUUUACUCUUUAUUUACUGGACAAGUAAAAUGAAGUGCACAUUUUUCUUCUUCAGUGUAAAGUGUGGCCAAAAUCUUUAUUUCAAGCUCUGCUACCUGGUGAAGGCGAGUGGUUGGAGUCCUCUGGCCUGUAUUUCUAUGCUUAUUUUGAAGCAUCAAUACCUGAACUUCAGAAGCAGAUCGAUGAAGUGCACUUUACUGAAAGGCAAAGGUCUUCUCUGUACUGAUUGGCAGAGUCGCAAGUCAUGAAGCUUAUGAAGUCACCGUUGGAGGCCAGUUGCUCUCUGGCUCCAUCCGAUCAUGUUUCAAAUGCUGCUUACAGAGGCGCAGUGUUACCAUCACAUGGAUUCAUUGUGUACAGUUUAGCAACGAAAUGGACAAAUGGACACCACUAAUGACAUCCGUCCAUUAGGAGACAAGAUUAGGACUGUUUGUGAACAUUUGUAAUGCUGUGGCUGUCUUUCAUGUUCUUCUUUUAAUGGCUUCAGAUGUUUACCACUGCAUUGUCCAUGACUGCAAAUGGUUUAGGGCAACACCACAGUGUGAGUGUACAUGAUACAGCGACUAUUGAGGUACCAACAAACAGUCUUCUCUUUGUCUCAUGGCUGUAAAUGCCAUGAAUGCAGAACUAAUUCAUGAUCUUUGGCCAACUGACCUAUCCAUGCUCUGCUCAAAAAUGCAUUGUUUUGUAGCAACAAGACCAAGGCUGGGCAGGUUUUACAGAACAUCGUCAAGAGUCUAUUUCAAUUUAAUUGCUUUAGAUUGGAGUUUAGAUACAUAACUUUGAGAUUCCACUUUAAAAUACUGUGGUAGUACGCUGGCUAAUAAUGAAGCAUCAAAUCAAAUUCGGCAGCAAAUUUGAGUAACGUUGUUUGAUUCCAUAACAGUCCUUCCAGACAUUAGGUCAUGUCGUACCUACACAAGAUAUAGUUUGCAAUGAAGAAGAGGCUCUAAAUGUCCAAAUUUAUGCACUAAUUUUCUUAAGUUGACUUAAGGAUGAGCAGUUUGUGGAAUACAAGUUUUUUCUAACUAAUAUUGGAGCCUGGGAUUCAAAAUGUGAUUAUAAACUAUUAGAAACCGUUUCUGGCCAGCAUAUCUAGUAUUUCUGGUUUAAAUGCUGACUGAAGUUUGACAGUCAGUUAGUUCUGAUUGGUCUAACUCUUGUACAGGCAGUUUACAAACUGCAUGUUAUUAGAUUAAAUUUUCACACAAACUUGAUCAGACCAGGGAUGUACUUGGGUACUCGAGUUCUCAGUUAACUGAGGUGUCAAUAUUCAGAUACUACUUUCAGGUACUUGUGUUACAUCCUGGGAAAAUGGAGAAAAUAUACAGUCUAUUAAUUCAGUGAAGUGCAAAGUUUUUCUUUUGUUUACGAGUCCGUAUUUUACGUUUAUACCUUGCUACUUCGAAGCACAAGUGCCUGAAUGUGAGCACACUGCCGAGGACAUAUUGUUAAUGGCAUGAUUAUUGAUUCCGACUUCCAUCUUUCACUAAGAAAAAAAUACUUUCUGUAGAAGAUGAUGUCCUUAUCAGCUUCCAGCAUGACACUUGUUAGCUCUGUUAUCUCAGGCCGCCUCCGCCAGUCAACCAACAUGAAAACCUACUGAUUUCCCUCGACUGCUUUUGAAUAAUAAAACGCAAAUAAAAUAGUGUAGACAUCUAUGUGCUGCUCUAUUUUCGUGCAACAUCAGUGCCGUCAUCUAGAAAUAUAAGCUUACAUCUCAACGUUAUUUUCAGGCAAAGUUCAUUUAUUUAUUUAUUUUCUUUCUUCAGAUUGUGAUUUCAGUGAUUUAAAAAAAACCGUUCAGCCCCAGGUUGUUUUUUUUCCCCAAACAUUCUGUACAGCUUGUACAGCUUUGCAACAUUUGCUAUGAAAGAACAUGGAGCACGGAUAAGUCAGUUUCAUUGGUCAUCUGCAUGGUCAGGCUGUCAGAAGCCUGGACAAUCAUGUGGUUUAGGUGAAUCGCAAGCUUCUCGGCACUCACCUGGUUUACUGCUGGAUCGUAAUAGAAUGCCCCAUAGUAAUAUAUUGUGUUACUGUUGAUGUCAAUGCUUGCACUCUGUUACACUCUUGAUCUGGUCUUAUUGCAUAUGAGGUUCCAGUCUACAGCUGCAAUGCAGUACAGGCUUACGAUGUUUGGCUAAACUUCAUCAGUGAAGAACACCAUCGUCCACUUGUCACUUUGUGUCCUACACAUCAUUCUCUUUUCAUGAGAAGUGUAGUACAUUUUUUUUUUUUCUAAUACUUAAACAAGCUUUUUCAUCCGGCCUUGGGGACAUAUCACAGAAAGAUUGACGAAACGAAAAAAGAAGUCUGAGAAUGAAAUGAGCUGCUUUUUGCACGGCAAAUUCAUCAUCCUUCUUUCAUGGGUCCUUUUUUUUUUUAUUUAUUUUUCCAAAAGCCAUGUUUCAAAAUAGCAGUGACCAUGAAAAUAUCCACUGUUCUUAUUUCAUCACGAUGAAUUUGAAAGUGACCUUUUGUCUUCAUACUCUUGCUUCAGAGAACCCUUUUGUUUUAAAUCAAAAGGUGUGUCUGUGUGUGUGUGUAUAUGUGUGUGUGUGUGUGUGUGUGUAUAUAUGUGUGUGUGUGUGUGUGUGUGUGUGUAUGUAUGUGUAUGUAUGUGUGU